CCACAUGUCUCUGGCGAUUUUUGUACCUCUUUCUCAGACCUUCCUUUUGGCUUCUUCAUUGCAUAAAUAUCACAUUUCAUUUCUUUGAUUUCUCAGAAUUAAAGAGUUUUUUUUUUGUUUUCCUUUUCAAAGUCAGAUUUGAAGCUAAAAAGGAGAAGAAUAUGAAGAGUAACGUUGUGGUUGAAGAUACAUUUGUUCACACUGAAGAGACGAGUCUUACUGUUCGGAAAACUUCUCUUUUCUUCACCGGCGAUGGAUUCACUGCCUACGACUGCAAAGGCCAGUUAGUUUUCCGAGUUGACACGUAUGGUCCCGAUUCUCGUGACCUAGGUGAACUCGUUCUCAUGGACGCUACCGGCAGAUGCCUUCUCACUGUCCGCCGUAAGAGACCGAGUUUGCAUAACAGGUGGGAAGGUUAUUUAGGGGAAAGAGAAGAGGGGAAAAAACCGAUAUUCAGCGUACGUAGAUCUUCAAUUAUCGGAAGAUCUAACGUGACGGUGGAGGUGUACAGUAAUCCGACGGAGGAGUAUCAGAUCGAAGGAUCAUUUGCACAGAGAAAUUGCACAUUCUUCAACGCGGACAAGGUAUCUGUGGCUGAGAUUCGUCGCAAAGUGGAUGCUUGUGCUAAUGUGGUGCUUGGUAAAGACGUUUUCUCUCUCUCAAUAAAGCCUGGGUUUGAUUGUGCCUUUGCCAUGGGAUUAGUACUCGUGCUUGAUCAAAUCCAAGUUGAUGAUUUUUCUGAAAAUCGGGUCGAUGCCGACCCAAUUAUCACAGACGAUUCCAAUUUUUCUUCUUAAUUUUUCUCUACGAAAGAGUUUUAAAUUAUAUAUAUUUAUUUAUAGUUUUGAACUCUGUAAAAUUAAUCUGUUGCUUUUUGUCUUUAAUGUUAAAAAAAGGAAUCCUACUAACUGAAUCUGACAUUAUUCCCAAUUUUUAGCAUAUAGAGAGUAAUAUACACUAUAGCGGCGAAAGACAAAUUUAAUAGUUUCGACUUGUAAAAUUUUGCAAUUGAACUAACUUCUCUUGUUAUUUGUGUAAUAAAUCUUGUGUUUUUUGUUA